AACUGCCACAUAUCUAGAGUUAGACCUCCGAUCCGGGACGCGGGAACCCACCUUUUGGAUCCUUACCAGCUUGCUAUUUGAGUUGUUUCAGCUUCAUGCUUCGCAAGUCUCUCUUCCUCCCUCCUUUACGACUGACUUCUUUCCGCUUCCCUGGCACCGGCUGCUCCUCUUGGAUUUUCUCACUGCUAGUUGCUCGGGGUUGCACACUCUCACCUCUUUCUCUCCUUCUCCGUCUGCUGUCUGGACCCGUUCGAAUUUUCAACAAGUCUUGGGAAUCCCGCAAUGUCACGCAUCCACUUCGACCGGGCUUAUCAAUUGUCCGGCGAUGACUCAUCUUCAAUAAUUUUGGCAACGGCGACCAGCACGGCGGGCGGGUCCUCGAAUCCGACCUCAAUGUCCUCCAGGGUUUCUUCUCUCGGACCCCCAUCGACCGCCCCUUCGAUUUUCACCACAGCAGCCUUCGACACUCACCCAUCGAGCACACUCGACGUGACCCCCAGCCCCGUCGCCACGGUCACGGUGACACAGAGCCAUAUCGGAACUUUUCUCGCAGUCGGGAUUUCCCUCGUCGUUCUCCUAAUAGCUCUGUUGUGCUUCGUAUACUGCUGCGGGCGGCGUUCGCGCGCGACGGCAGACGUGGCGGAUGACGAAGAAAUCGAGCUCGGGAGCGUCCCGAAGAGACGCGCUGGGCGUGCCGGAGCUAUGCCCUCCGGUCGCUGAAGGGACGACGUGAUCUGGAGGCUGUUCUUACUAUUGCGCUGCGUUCGGUAGCUGAUUGGGUGGGAAUUGAUCAUGAUAAGUGCGGGCAAUAUUUCCCUUGAAGCGCUUUUGGAAAGCCUGGAUUUUCGCAUCUAUCAGCAGGUGCUGCGAUCCAACGCGAUCUGCCUGGACAUAAGGCCUAGACUGACUGUGAGACUUUGCACUGCCGUUUGGCUUAUCAUGGCCAUUGUCCUAUGGCGCAGCCGCCCAAAAAAAAAUGGGCUGGAGGAUGAGCUUUCCAAAAUGAUGCGAUGAAGGAAAGCGCUACAUCGGUUUGUGCAUAACUAAUUUGAACGUAGCAAUUCAAAAAAAA